AUGGCGUGUGAUACAUGUUUUCACGUGUAUGUAGGUUCUGAAAUAGGCCUUAUAAAAGGGGUUGAUGUUAGUAAAAAAAUCUUCUACAAUUUGAAUGAAAUUCAACGUGACCAAAGAAAACAAGAAAUAAAUUGUAUGUGUUGGAGAAAUGAAGAAGAAUCAGAGAUAUAUCUAGGAUUAAGUAAUCAAACAGUUAAAUUAUUUGAUACAAUGGAUUAUGACUAUUCAAUUAAACUAAAGUUAGAUUCUGGAUCAGGAAAGAUUGUGGGAAUAGCAAAAUAUGAUGAUAAUCUUUUGACAUGUGUGGAAUCUGGGAUUAUUAAUGUUUGGAAUGAAAAAAAUAAUGAAAAGAUGAUUGAAAUUAAUGCAGGUCCAAAUUUAUGUCGAAUGGCAACAAAUCCUUUUAAAUCGGGAAUUAUUGCAUCAGGUGGACAAGAAAAUGAUCUGAAAAUAUGGGAUUUACAGAAAUCUAAAAAACCAAUAUUUCAUGCAAAAAAUGUCAGAGAUAACUUUCUAGAUCUUCGAGUACCUGUAUGGGUAUUAAAUAUGAAAUUUUUCCCAGAUAGUGAAAAGAUAGUAACUACUACAGGUCAUCAUCAAAUCAGAGUUUAUGAUCCUAGCAGUAAACAAAGAAGGCCUGUUAUAGAUAUGGAAUUUGAUUCUUAUCCAAUAGGUGCUUUAUCUCUCACCAACCAAGAACAUCAAAUUCUUGUUGGAAAUACUCAAGGAAGAAUGGCAUUAAUUGAUCUUAGAAAAAAGGCAAUGGUACAUGUAUACAAAGGAUUUGCAGGGAGUAUCAGAGACAUACAGUUUGAUCCUGUUCAUUCCCAAGUUUAUUCUUGUGGGUUAGAUAGAUUCCUUCGAAUACAUGAUCUUGAUACACAUGAAUUAAAAACUAAGAUGUAUUUAAAAUCUGGUUUGAAUGCCUUAUUGUGCCAUUCAGAAGCUUAUAAUGCUUUACGAUCAAAAGACAAGUCGUCCACGCAGAACACAGAAUAUGUAGAAGAUACGCAAGAUUCUGACAAUGAAAUAUGGGACAACAUGGAAGUUGUCUCUAAUAAAAAACAAAAAAUAUCUUCAAAUAAAAACUCAAAGCUUAAAAGAAAAUCCAAGCAUAAUGCUUCUGCAGAAUUCAAUUCCAAAGUAAAAAAAAAGAAAAAGACAAAGGAUGUGAAAAGUUCUUUUGAAAAAUCCUGUAAAAAUUAAUGUAUUUUAUUAAAUUUUUUACUAAACAUGUUGUAUUUCUUUAAAAUUUAAAUUAUAAUUAUGAAUUAUAUUUCUAUAUUUAUGAUAUGUAUAUACUGUAUAUAUAUAAGUACAGUUAUUGGAUUCGAUUCGUU